CAACAUAUCAGUUAAGAACUGUCCGUGCACUAGGAACAAUACCUACUAAUUAAAUACUAUGAACUCAAAGAUCAUACUUGCUGCCUGCAUCCUGGCUGCAGUAGCCGCUCGGCCACAGGAGAGUCACGGACACGGUCACGACUCCCACCACCACGCAGUUUCCUCACAGCACAUCCAGCGCCACGACGUGCCCGGCAAGGCGCCCGAAGGCCACCACGACUACUACGCGCACCCUAAAUACGAGUUCGAGUACAAGGUGGAGGACCCGCACACCGGCGACAACAAGUCCCAGCACGAGGCCCGCGACGGCGACCUCGUGAAGGGCUACUACAGCCUGCACGAGGCCGACGGGACUGUCAGGAUCGUACAUUACACCGCCGACAAGAAAACUGGAUUCAACGCUGUAGUUACCCGUGAAGGACACGCCAAGCACAUUGUCCCUAGUCAUCACCACUGA